GUGUUAGCCAAGCAGACUGCGCUCCACUCACUGCGACUCAAAGACGACAGUGGCGUAAAAGCCAGUGGACUGUGCAGACCAGCGCCGCAUGAAAAAACUGCAUGAUUUUUGCCUGACUGGACAUCCGUGCUGCGUUCUCAUUCGGAGCAUCUCGCAGUAUUCGUGUUAAUUUAUCUUCCGUGACUUACUUACUUUUAUGAGGAUUAAGUUGUGAAGGAUUUAUUAGGAAACAACAGGGAUGGGUCAUAAAAAGCAUAAUCAUCCUCCCAGUGUCGAUGAGGUGAAGAAGAACGUGGAUGAUGUCCUUGCAGAAGGAACCACCAAGACCCUCAUCAAGGAUGAUCAGGAAAUCACUAUAACCCAGAAAUCAUCUAGACUUUCCAGCUGGCAAUAUAUUUUUGCUGUGUUAUCCAUUGCUGCGGCAGUUUACUUCGGAUUGCAAUCCCGAUAUUCCAAAUUAGCUCAGCAACGUCCCGGACCAUACGCCAAAACUUACGCGAACAAUCCGCAAAAGAUCCGCGACCUUUCGGACAUACCCAAAGAAAACGGCGGAUGGCGUUUGGCUAGCAAGGCCGACUGGGAAAAGUACUCAAUUAGUCGCUGUGAUUUUGAUCAGAUGAACGUUAAUGACAUCACUCCAGAAUUUUUCGAAAAGGAGUACCGCUAUAAGAAGCCGUUACUGAUUCAUUUCCCAAACGGUGCCGAUGGGUGGACGAAAGCCGAUUUAUGGACCCUCCCGGCAUUAUUACGCUCUUAUGGCCAGUGGGAGGUUGGAGCGGGACGUGGUGUGGAUAUUGUUCGACAUGGUGGCAAUGGACAUUAUAAAAGCACUUUCGAGAAUUACGUUAUGAGCCUUAUGGAAAUGCGCGACAGCAACAGAGAACCAUUCUAUAUGUUCGAUCGCAACUUCUACAACGCAUCGGACCUUCCCAGAAGCAUGCACCCUCCGGAAUAUUUCAAAAUUUCGCCUGUUUAUGACGAGAAUAUAUUUUUCCUUGGCGCUUCCAUGUCUGGUGUAUCAUUUCACAAGCACGCGGAUGCAUGGAACGGCGUGAUUUUCGGCUGGAAGCGUUGGUUCAUUUAUCCUCCCACACAGACCCCGCCCAGCGGAGUAUGGCCCGGUCUGAACACAAUGGAAUGGUAUGCCCGCAUCUAUCCCAAAUUGUCUGGCGAUCUCGCACCGUUGGAAUGUAUGCAAGGACCUGGUGACGUCGUGUAUUUGCCGGAAUCCUGGUAUCAUGGCACAAUUAAUGUUGGAGACACCAUAGCCGUUGGCAUCCAGAAAAAUAUCGGUGCUCUGCAUAUGGAGAAUCUCACUUAUGAAAACAACCGUAUUGAGGAUGAUAAAACGCUUGCUCCACCUGUUAAAGCAGAAAAAGCUUUCGAGAUCUUCAAGGAGCUACAUGCCACAUACCCAACAAACACCGAGAUUACGAAUCGACUGGCAGAGAAUUAUGCCUCGCGUGGUGAUUUCCGUAACGGUGUGAUCACUGGUCUCAAGGCGGUGGAGCGCGACCCUUACUUCCUCGUGGCUCACAUGAAUCUUGGGAAAAUGUACUUCUCCUUGGGUGAACCGGAAAAUGCGGAAAAGCAUUUCAAAAAAGCCAUUGAAAUUAACCCCAACAAUUCCGAUGUAUGUUGGAUUUACGGAGAAUUUUUGGUGUUCCGCCGGCGCGUCGAAGAGGCGAUUGAGUGGUUCAAAAAGGGAGCUCGUGAUCAUGUUGACAAGAAAGAGUUUUUCAACAACUUGAUUCAACAAGCGGAAGAAUUGCUCCGUCUGGACCCUGAGCUGAAAUCCAUUCCCCAUCAGACUCCGAAGAUGAUGGACCAUACCUUUGCACAAUGAAGUUAUCUGAUGAUUAAUUUUCGUAAUCAGUUCCUGGUUGAUUUUUUAGGCCGCUAAUAAGUGAGAUUUAUUUCACAUUUUGUACCAAAGCUAUUUUCGUAAUGAGAUAUAAUUUGAUACCUGUGACAGAUUGUGGAGUUUUUAUUGUUUGUGUAUGUUGAUUUAAGCUGCUCGGUGCUUUAUUAAUUUAUCACGGUUUGCGCUUGCACAGUUCUUUUAGGAAAUUGAUAACAUUUUAUUCAAACGAAAUAAAAAAUAACGAUCUG